UAUUCUAUUUCUAUGGCCGUCGAAAGUUCAUCGACAACGUCAAGGCCAAAUGACGAUAGAUCCGCCAUCGUUUUCGGCGGUUUCACCCGGUCCAAGCAACCGUCGGUGAGGGAUGAUGGAGCCACCGUAUCACAGAUAGAAUGGUUUUCCAUUGAAGUCCCAGACGCAGACGCAGACGCAGACGCAGACGCACACUGUCAAAAGCAAAAGCUGAAUCCGCUUUCGGUGAUGGAGAUUGAGAACAAGUGUUACUUUGCAGCAUUAGACUCCUCUAUCUAUUGUAUUAGCAGUCAUCGCUAUCGUGAUCGGGUUCAGAUUUUCGACCUUACCGGUGGUGAUAUUGAUGGUUGGCAGCCUGGUCCUCCAUCGAUUGUUAGUAGAGUCGGGCCACACAAGUUCGUCGUCGACGGAAAGUUGUACAUUUUAGGUGGUUUACGGAAAGUUGAGUCUCCCUGGAUGGAAGUUUUAGAUCCUAAAAUAGGAGUGUGGAAACCGUUACCCAAUCCUCCAGUGGAGAUUGGCAAUCAUAGUCGGAAUGUUAUCGCUCUUCUUCUUAAGCCCAAGAAGCAGAUUCUUGUCAGUUCAUUCCUUAGUCAACAUACUCCUGACGAUCGUCCUCUUGACUGUCGUUUCCUCACAUACAACAUCGAUGAUCAGUCUUGGGAACCACUCGACACUCCCGUGUCAAAAUGCAAGCUACGUCGUCGUAGUGGUUUCAGGCCGAGGACUAAUACUGCUUUAGCAGAUGGUGAUACUCUCCAUUGGGUUUCCUUCGAUUUUUUAGCUAGACAUGAAUUGGUUAUACACGCUUACAAUCUGAUUACUGAUGAGUGGUUCGAGGGCUAUCUCGACACUUGCGAUGAAAUUUUUGGGAAGAAAGAAUUACUAGCUGAGCAUCGUCCUCACGGUCUUCUCCAUUUAGGUCAUAGUAAAUUCUGUCUUCUCUUGCAGUCCUCCUUCAUUCCUAAUACUAAUAAGAGGCAGAGGCAACGUGAACAGUACAUUGAUAUUCCUUACUUGUAUUGUGUCGUAAUUGUUGUUUCUAAAAUAUCUAACAUGGACCCAGACCAAGAAGGUUUCAAGGACCUGAAUAUUUCGGUUGUGGCCACCCACAAGUAUCCCAUGGAUCGCAGCAUAGAUAUCUUGGAUGCCCAGUUGCUCUGCAGGGAUCACUGCUCUUAUACAUCAAAGCAGAAGAAACCAAAGAUUUCACAAGAUAAUUCUGAUGGUGAGUCUCUUCCUUUCAAGGAGCAGUUUCAGCCAGUUGUGCCAACCCAGCAAGGACAGACAUGUGUUCCAUCGGCAUCUCAGCAGUUUCAGCCUAUGGUACAGGGGUCUCUCUCAAAUGUUGCAAUGCCUGCUAAUCUGAGUCAACCAAGGGUCCCUCCUGUAACAAAUCAUGUGCCUGGCCUGCCCAAUGAUAUUAGUGCAGCAUUUGCGACACCAGUACUGCAGACUGGUCAACAACCUUCAGUCAUUCCUUCUACAGAUUCUGCAAUAACUGUUCCUAGCCUUAAUCAACACUCCUCAUCUGAUUGGCAAGAGAUUAGAUAUUAUUACAACAAGAGGACAGUUGAGUCUACUUGGGAUAAGCCACCAGAAUUGAUGGCCCCAAUUGAGAAAUUGCACAAAUGAGGAUUGGAUGAGAUUGAGGAAGAUGUUAUGAUUUGGACAUCAACAAGGAAUCUAUGGGUGGUACUCCUGCACUCUCUUUUGGUUGCUCCAACUUGAUCAAAUGUGAUGCUUAGCAUUUGACGAGUUUUAUGGAACUUAUAUUUUAGUUGAACUAUGUUAGGUUGAAUUAUGAAACUUCAUUUGGGAUGUCAUAUUUAUAAAGGACUUUCUAGAUUGUAUGUUAUAAGCACUUUCAUGUAAUUAUGAACUUUUGGAUUGUAUGCUUUAAGUUGA